AUGCAGCUCUUCAAAGCCUCUUCGCUGUCGUGCGCCCUUGUUGUCCUCCUCGCGGGCAGACAUGUGGCUGCCGCCCCGAGGCCGCAGGGAGAAGAGUGCGAGCCGCGUAUCUUAUGCAUCGACGGCAUCAACAAGUGCGGUGUUCGCUAUGGCGGCUGCUACGACGUCUGCGACAAGGCCGCCAGGCCCAGCGCGCCCCCGUGCCCGCAGUUCACAACAAUAACAAGCAUCUUCCCCAUAACGUCGACGACGGCAACUAUCGUGACCCAAACCCCACCGGCCGAAAACAACUGCUCCAGCCAGACCGUCUGCUGGGACGGCAUCAAUUCCUGCGGCAUGACCUACGGAGGGCCGUGGCCCACGUUUGCGGCGCCUCCGUGUGCUACCACCGAGCCGACGGUGACGUCGGUGCCCGGCAGCCUGCCUACGCCGGCUCCUGUCCUUUAAAAAGAAAGAAAGAAAUGGGAUAUCGGGAUUGGAUGAGAUGAAAAGGGGGCUGGGAGGAGAGGGGGGUAAUGAAAAGAAAGUUACUUCCCGGUCUGUAGGAGAAAAGAGUGUUGAAAAGGGGUGGUGUGUGUAUAUGGAAAUACGUAAAUACAGCAAAAGCAGAGAGACAUCUAAAUAUCCUCUUAGAGAGCCAGCCAUGCUCACUCGGUACGGUACGGCGGUUGUCAGGCUUUCUUUCUUUCUUCUUUUCUUUCUUCUGGCUGAAACCCGAAACACGUGGGAUGAUACAGGAGAAGUGGGCGGCUGAGAUUCUUCACGAGGGCAUCAGAUGACGAUACCCUGCCUCGUCUGCAGCCGAGCGGACAUGGUGAGAGAGUGUUGAUUGGGC